AUGAAGGUAAAGGAAUUGAAUGAAGUGAUGUUCUGUCAAAUAUUUAGUUUUUUAUCACUCACAGAUAACGAUGGACAGUUUGAUGUGGCUCUGUACGUCAACGUCUUGGUGUACAGUAAUGGGAUGGUUACGUGGUUGCCACCAGCCAUUUACCGCAGCUCCUGUUCCAUAGAGGUGGCAUACUUUCCGUUUGACUGGCAAAACUGCAGCAUGGUUUUCCGCUCGUACACCUACGAUGCCUCUGAGGUGGACUUGGAGUACUAUCUGGACGAGAAUGGGACAGAGAUCCAUGAAACCGUCAUAGAUGACAACGCCUUCACCGAGAACGGAGAAUGGGCGAUCCGCCACAAGCCUUCGAGGAAGAACGUAAAGGACGACCUGUACGAGGACAUCACCUUUUAUCUCAUUAUUGAGAGGAAGCCUCUUUUCUACAUCAUCAACAUCAUCGUACCUUGCAUCCUCACCAGUGUCUUAGCUAUAUUUGUCUUCUAUCUGCCCCCUGGUGCAGGAGAGAAGAUGACUCUCUCUAUUUCUGUCCUCAUCACUCUCACCGUCUUCAUGCUGCUGCUGGCUGACAAAGUCCCCGAGACAUCCCUUGCCAUCCCAAUUAUCGUCAACUACGUCAUGUUCACCAUGAUCCUGGUCACCUUCUCCGUCAUUCUGAGCGUGGUCGUCCUCAACCUGCACCACCGGACACCCAGCACCCACAUCAUGCCACACUGGGUCAGAAAGGUGUUCAUUCACAUCUUGCCAAAAUACAUCGGUAUGAUGAGACCGAAACCAGAGGAGCCUCUGCAGGAGAAGGAGUCCGAUAAGGACCCCUCACCCACCCAGAGCUUUGGUGGACACCAACCUGGAGGAGAGUACUUCAUCCGCAAGAUCAACCCUGACCUCGUCUUACCCUGGAGAGGAAGGUGA